UUUUUUUUCAUCUGAAAUUCACUUAUAUGACGGUAGUAUAGACAAACUAUUGAAGCCCCCAACUUGACCCAUCGUGAGCCAAAGUUUAAUUCAUGGGCUUAAUUCAACCCUUUGAUAACCAAAAAUUUAUUGUCUAAUGGGAUUAUUUUAGUUACAAACCCAUGUAAAAUUGCAUUGCUCAAGUGUUCAACACACGUUUUUGCGGCGCUUACUCUGAGGAAAAGAACGUGCUUAUUACCAAACUUCAAAACAAAAUCAGAGGAAGAGCAGAACAAACAGUCAUAAAUCCUCAAGCUUCAAAUCUGCACUUGUUUCCCUCAAUUUAUCCAUCAAAUAAAGGUAUAUUUAAUUCCUCAAACAAAAUACCCAGAAAAGAAAUCAUCUUUUUCAGUUUAUAUUUGAUUAUAAAUUUAUAAUCUGUUAUAGAAGCUUAUAUUCAUCAAAUUUAACUGCAAAUUUAGUCAAUAUCUGCUAUAUUGAGGUGGAUUCAUUUUAUUUCCCAUUGAAAAUUUAUGAUGAUAGGCAAGAUGUUUAAUCAGUCAAUUUUUAAAAUGCUAAUGCUUGUAUUAGUAUGCUGUAUGAUUGUUGUAGUUCUGUCAAUGUUUAAAUUACCUGAUGUUUCAAUUGGGAAAAUGAAUGAUUCCUCAAAAAUUAGGGGCAUUUAUUCAAAGAAUGAGAUAUUGGCUAAAUUUGGGGAAAUGAUGGUUGGAAUGUUACCGGAUGAUCUUGCAUUUACAGUGUUUGUGCCCUCUGAAAAGGCCUUUGAACGUGAUUUGGGAUUAAGGGCAAACCACAGUUAUGAUCCUAAAGAAUUGGACAAUGUAUAUGCAACGGUUUCUCAUGUACUAGGUUUUUCGACGAUUCCUCGAAAGAUUUAUACUGAUUUACUCCCUGAUGGAAAGGGUUUGUCAUAUGAUUCAAUCUCUGGAUUUGCAUUGUAUAUUUCAAAGGAUUUUGAUGGGGUUUUGGUUGUUAAUAGGGUUAGGGCAAAACAAGUUAAUCUUAAGAGAGGUGAGGUGGUGGUUCAUAUAAUGGAUGGAGUUGUAAUGGAUGCUGAGUUUGAGCAGUCAGUUAAGCCAGCUGAUGAAGAUGAAAUGGCAAUUAAAGAUUGAUUUUGGUACUGAUUAGUUUUACAUUGGUUCUGAUAUCGAGAUUAUUGGUUGAGGUUACAUGGCUUUAUAUGAAGUUUGAAGUUUAUAGAUAUUCUAUUUCCGUAUUUUGUGUACUAAUACAGUUGAUGGAAGUUGAUUUGUCAGUAUGAUUGUUGAAGCUGGGAAAAUUGAUCAUAUUAGUUCAGUCUUCGGCUUCUGGUGCACAUAUCACAUUCAGAAGUGUUUUGCUUAUUUUGCUUGGAUUGUUGCCUAUAUACUAUUUUAACUCUUAUCAACUGGUUUGUGAGUAUGGUAGAAGCUGCAAGAGUAGUUCUGGCUGGUAAGUGGUAACAAAGAUGAAAAAUACUUGCACAAAGUAAUGCAUAGGAUAGAGUUCUGAUUUGUUGUUGCUAACAAUUUAUAAGGCAGUAAACCUGUGUAAUGUACCAUGAUGAAAAAAUACAGAAUUGCAUAGGAUAGAGUUCUGAUUUGUUGUUGCUAACAGUUUACAAGGCAGUAAACCUGUGUAAUGUACUAUGAUGAAAAAA